GUGCACUCAGGGUUCAGAAAAUCUAAUCUAGACGUGAAGGGAGACUUUGGUCGACCACAGGUCAUUUGAAGAUAGAGAGAGCAUUCCUAUUGGCUGUCUGCGCAUGCAUUGCCCGUGCGACUGAGGGGAGAGGGGGAGCUGCAGGAUGAGGUCUCGCUCUACUUCAUAUUCUAGCAGGGCUUUUUUUGUUGCAUUUACCCUCUGCAGCUUUAACUGAAUCAGCAGAAUUUCAGUUCAAAUGUAGGCUAUGUAAAAACUAUUUUACUAGAUGAUCACUGCGGCUUGGCUGUCCACUGAUUAAAAUGUUUUGUGGCAACAGAGACGAACGGUUUUCUAUUGGCCGAAAUGUUUUUUCUUUGCACAAGGGGCUCUAGAGGCAAACCUAUGUAGGGGAAGGGUGCUGUUGACUUGUGCUUUUGAGACAGACAGUGACGCGCAGGCGGGAUUUAUGUCGGCGGUAUCAAAACAUUUCACGGCUGAGAACCCGCAUCUUUCCCUUUAAAGGCGUGCAGUGAUGCGUCGCUGGGAAACAGAGGUUGUAUGCUCAUCGGGAGACCCACCGUGUCACAUUUUUAUUUAAUCUGAUGAGAUAAUAGGAGACGAUGCUUUUGGAUUCGCCGGUGAUCGCGGCUGGCCUCUGAGGAGGAGAUAUUUAAUUCUGGGGUAAAAUUGAGAUUUUCUGGCGCAUUUGGUGCGCAAAUGUGAAAUUGCUCAAUUUCAAGGACGCAUCCUGAGCAUUUCUCCAGCUAAUGAUUUGUGUUGAAAGAUAGCAUUACGAAACCAUCAGGUGAGAUCCGGUGUUGUGUCAGCCCCGAGGCGUUUGUUGCAGUACAAACAAGCUGAAGGAAACAGGAUGGCAUAUAAGCUGCGCUUUAGAAUCAGACGUGGGUUUUGUGUAGGCUACUUGCGACGCAAGGCGUAGAUUUCCCGUAAUGUGAUCAGACUGCGAUCCGCGGUUUCUCGAUGCGCUAUCUCCGAACAGAGUCGCUCAUAAUGCCGAGGGCUUUGCGGAGACUGCUCCAUUUGGUCCUGUUCUGCCCUCUGUCCAAAGGUCUACAGAGUCGUCUCCCUGCCAUUAAGGUGAAGUACCUUCUCCUGGUAUGGCUGGGCAUCCUCAUCGCCAGCUGGGUCAUCUACAUGCAAUAUGCAUCUUACUCUGAACUCUGCCGGGGGCAUGUGUGCCACAUGGUCAUUUGCGAUCACUACAGAAGGGGCAUAAUAUCAGGAUCGUCCUGCAAGGCAUUGUGUGAGCAGAGAACCCUAACCCUGCAGCACUGCAUGUCCACCUCAUCUACAUAUCAGGUGUACAGUGGACUGUGGAAGGAAAGACCUGUUGUGAUCAAGUGCGGGAUUGAGGACCCAGUGAAGACUGAUGGGUCUCCAGGCUCUGUCUUGCGACAGGAGAUGAGCUUAUUUGACAAACCCACUCGUGGAACCUCUAUGGAUGAAUUCAAAGAGAUGCUGCACAGUUUCCUCAAGGCUAACCUCGGUGAGCAGCCAUCUUUGAGCACUUUGGUGGACAGGGUCAUUAACCUGGCUGAUGUCAACCAGGAUGGCAAAGUGUCCCUAGCUGAGGCCAAGUCCAUCUGGGCUCUUCUCCAGAUGAACGAGUACCUCCUGAUGGUGGCGCUGCAGGAGAAGGAGCACACUCCUAAGCUGCUGGGUUUCUGUGGAGACUUGUAUGUGACAGAACGUGUGGGCCACAGCUCCCUCUACAGGCUAGAGGUGCCUCAUUACCUGCAGGCCCUGGUCCCAGAGGCCCUUAGCACCAGUCUGAACCACUGGCUCGCACCAGCCUGGCCCCGCAGGGCUCGCAUCACCAUCGGCCUGCUGGAGUUUGUGGAAGAGGUCUUCCACGGGUCCUACGGGAGUUUCCUAAUAUGUGAUGCCAGUCCUCGCCAUGUGGGCUACAAUGCAAAGUAUGACUGCAAGAUGGCCAACCUGCGCAGUGUGGCAUCUGAGGCGGUUGUGCGGGGAUUUUUGAGAGGACGGCGAUGCGAGACUAACGCCGACUGCACCUAUGGCCGGGACUGCACGGCCACUUGCGAUCGACUAGUGAAGCAGUGCAACACCGAGGUUUUACAGCCCAAUUUGGCAAAGGUGUGCAUGCUGCUGCAGGAUUUUCUGCUUUUUGGAGCACCUUCAGACCUCCGAGGGGAUCUGGAAAAGCAGCUACGCACCUGUGUGACACUCAGCGGUCUGGCAAGCCAGAUGGAGGUGCACCACUCACUAGUCCUCAACAACCUGAAGACAUUACUGUGGAAGAAAAUUUCUAACACUCAGUACUCUUGAAAACAGGUUGUGAUUAUCCGUCCUGUACCUCUCUACACAAAGAGUGAAUUAAUACGUGAACAUGAGGAGUUUUUGCUUAUGAAGCUUUGCCAAAUGUCUUAGAGGGUGGUCGUCAUUAAUGUAUUUGUACUCUACGUUGACUGUGAAUAGCAGGAAACUGUGAAAUAAGGAAUAUACAAUAUGAAACAGUAGAUGAAGAAGACUAUUUCUUACUUUUGUUUUCCAAUGUAUUAUUUUUUUUAAAAGCACAUUCAUCUGUUUAGACAUAAUGCUCUCAGGGCACUGCCUACAACUUAAUUUGUAAAACAUCUGUGAGUAAACUGAGUUUUAAAAGUAGUUUAUAGAAUACUGUUUUGUCUGAGUCAGAAUGUCAAAUUUAACACGUGAUCAUUUUUGUACAACUGUGGUGGAACUCUGCUGUUUCCUGUGUGAACAAGACACAAAUAAUGGAUGGAAUAAUGCAUAAAUACAGCAUCACUCUCCCUCUUGGUAUUGACAAUGUAUUUAAAUCCACCUGGACAGACUGGACUUGUAAAUGAUCCUCAGACAUGAUUUAACUUGAAUUAACGUCUAAUCCAUGAAUAAACAGAUGUUGUUUAAAAUUGCAUUUAUCUAAAGUGCGUAGCUGGUGUCAGGACAGAAGAAGUCAAAAGUCAAAUAUUUGAGAAGUCAGGCAGAUGUUCUCUUAGAAAGUAAAUCACCUUUCUGACCUUUUAGAGCACUGAGUAUUGUAUAUGAUUGAAAACUGGGAUAACUUUCAGUUUUUCCUUCACAGGACCAACAUUUUUGUCAUAAUUCAUUUUGAGACUAUGAUUCUUUGAUUCAAGACACAAAACCCAUAUCAAUUUUAGUCAGCUAGAACUGGUUUUAUGUGCUAUUGUCAUUAUAUAGUGGCAGUUUCAGCAAUUGAGACAAGAAGUUAUU